CACGAUUUCAAAUAGCAAUAAUAUUGUUAUUCAAUUUGAAUUGGGAGAGGCCCACUGCCAUCCGCAAUGGCCAAAAAGCUGCCGGUGUGUCCAUGGCGAGUACUGUAACUUGUCAGCCUUUAGUUCUUUUACUACUUUUGAAUGGCAACACUUUAACAUGCCAGGAGGAGAAAAAAGAAAGGCUCGAGCGUUCGCCAAGAAGCUAAUGCGACAGUUGAAUCCGAAUCGAGUUUACAACAACAACACUGGAGACAAAGCAACUAACAAUGACAAGACCAAAACCAAACAGGGGUCCUCCAAUGCAACAACAACCACAACAACCAACAUGGGCCAAAAACCGCCACGGAAAAAGCAAAAGAAAUCGGAAAAAAAGAGUCGAGAUUUACGAGACAAAAUAGAGGGAAUUCCGUCCUUGCUCGAGAUUCUGCCGUAUAUGAGUGAUGAAACCAAGGCCAUUGAAUUUCUACACCACAAAGGCGUGAUCGACAUGCCACCCCAGUGCAUGCGCUGCCAUCAGACUGCACAGGUGGAUUGGGUCCGAAAACAAUUUCGAUGCCGAAAAGUCAAUUGUCUCUACAAACAACCCACUUGUUGCGAGAGUUGUCCUAACCAGCAUUUGGACACGUUCCAAACACCCUUGGGAGACACUGGCGUGACAUGUCCAGAGUGUAAAUGGCAAUGGAAACCAGGACAAGAACAUGCCAGUAGUUUUUUCAAAGGAACCUUUCUCGCGGGUUGUACCCGAACUCCCAUUACCGAAGUAGUGUUACUACUGUAUCUCUGGUGUACGAAUGCCACGCUCCUCCAAGUGUGUCAGCAAACGGGAUGGGGCCACAAAACGGCAUCGACAUGGAUGCAUACCAUUCGUCACCUGGUGCAAGAAAUGGUGGUCCACCAACCUCACGACAACAAUAACCGCAUUGGAGGACAUGGCAAAAUUGUGGAAAUGGCCGAUCGAAAAUACGACAAACGAAAAGACACGGCAAAUAAGUGGGUGUUGGGAAUGGUAGAGCGGACACCGGAACGAAAAAUGGUGCUGCUGGUAAUGGACCGAACGAGACAGUCGCUUGAGAAUGCCAUUCGGGAAUAUGUGCAUCCAGGAUCCACAAUACACACCAACAUUUGGAAGGGACACAUUCGCUUGGAACGAUUGGGCUAUGACACGAAAGUGUUGCGCCAAAAGUACAAGUUUGUGGGAGAUGACGUGGGACAACGAGCCAUUCCGGUACACCCAGUUGGCGGAACGGAUCUACAGGAGUAUCUGUUUGUCUUUAUGUGGAAAAGGAAAAAUGCUAACAGAAUAUGGGAGGCGCUACUGGAAGGGCUGGCAAAGAUUCGGCUGACCAAAAAGGAACUGGAGCAGCUGCAGGCAGUAAAGGAACAACCAAAACGCAACAACAACAAAGAUGAUAAUGACUCGGUGAACUUUGACGAUGACUUGGUAUAUGAUGCAUUACAAGACAAUGGCAAUGACGAUGAAUUUAUCAACUUUGGAGACCAUCAAUUUACUCCCCAAGAGGAGUCGUCCGAGGGAGAGGAAUCAGAUGGUGAGGAACGCACUGGUAUGAUGGAGGCCGUUGCGUCGGAGGUCUUUGGUGAAAUUUUGGCGACAGGGGCGAUUGACAGACCAAUACUCUUUGAUGGUGGAAGGCGAUGA